AUGAAUUCUCGUCCUUGUGGUUUUGGAUAUGACUAUGACUAUUUUGUAGGCGAUGGAAACUUGAAUGAUGGCUCACAUUAUGGGAUAGACGAAUUCUCAGGAAGGGAGCCAUAUCCAUAUGAGCAAUCACCAUGGCAACCUUCCCCUUCAAGUUACUAUGAUGGUAAUCCUUCCUAUAAUGCAUAUCAUUCCUAUGAACAUGAUGAUUCUUAUCAUGGUUAUACCUCUCAACCACCACCCUUCUAUGCACCAUAUUCUCAACCCACACCUUAUUUCCACCAAUUGCCUACAUAUGAUCCAAAUCUAUAUUCCCCCUACGCAUACCCUUGCGACGAUUAUGAACAAGCAACCCUUGAAUCACCUCCACUCCAACAUCUUUACCUUCCAACUCAAAGCCCCAUGAAUGAUACACUUGGUGUCAUUCUUCAAGAGCAAGAAGAGCUCCAAACCGCCUUCACUAGUUUCACCUCUACCCUCCAAGAAUUUACGUCCCCGUCGCGCAGUCGCGCCCUUCUUCCCCCCAACCUCCAUUUCCAUUUCUGCAACUCCCAUAACCUCCCUGCUCUGCCGGCGACCACCACCGCACGGCUACCCCACCUUCCCUCUCAUCCCUCUUCUUCUCCCCGUCACCACUUCCCCCAUCUCCGAUUCCCUCCUUCUUCUUCCUCCUACGGCCGCCGCUGCUGCUCCGCCGGCAACCGCCACUGGGCGGCCAACCUUCUCUCUCGCUCCUCACGCCCACUCCCAUUCACUCUCUCUCUCACCCACUCGUCACCACUCACUCUCUCCCUCUGCUCUCUGGCCGAACCGCCGCUGCGGCCAUCUUCACCGCCACCGUCCACGGCGGUGCAAGCGUCUGCCUAUGCUGCCCUCACUCGAGUCCCAUUUUCCCGUUCCCCCUCGUCCCAGGGCCUUGAGCUACCCCCGCUACCAGAGUCUUCCGGUUCCGAUGAGGAGACAGAUUUACAGACUGAGGGUAUUCCUGCGGAUGAGCCAGCACAUAUGGAGGCACCACCUCAGACACAGGAGUCUCAGCCGGUACCACAGCCACAGCCAGAGCCUAUCGGUGUACCUAUCCCUGAUCCUCAGGAUUAG